CAUAUGACCGCUUGCACAUAGCAUCGCUCAUUGAUCUUCCCCUUUUCUCCAAGCCCGUGCGUAAUGGUAGAGCGCAGGAUGAACUCUCUAGUAAAAUGGGCGCUCAUCCUCUUUGUCCUCGUCUCCAUCAUUCUCAACAUUGUCCUGAUCGGCAUCCACUCCACCAGGGCACCCAAAUGCUCCGCUCAGCGUGUCCACCCGCUGAGGGGCAAGCACGACAAGCGCAGCCUCGUGUUCGCUGACCUCACCCGGGAUGAGUACCUGCAGGUUCAGCAGUACAUGCUCAAGCAGAAAGACUUGGACAUAUCCACCAGUCAGAUCACCAAGCCAUCGGAAAAUUUCUUGUUUUUAAUAGAUCUCUCUUUGCCUAAGAAGGCGGACGCGCUGGCUUACUUGGAUGAGAAAGGCAUCAAACCAGUGAGAGAGGCGACGGUGGUGGUCUUCCACGGCGCCCGAGGCUACAUUAAGGAGUACGUAGUGGGGCCUCUUCCUAACCCGACAUACCACAGAGAUGUCACCACGGAGAGGUACAAGACGGAGCUUCCUAUCACCGCGCGCACGGUCACCAUUGGGGAAUACCAUUUGCUUUUCAAAUUUCUGGAUGGAGUCUUCUCUAAGUUGGGGAGGCUCAUGAAAGAGAGCUUCGACGUGGAUAAGGACAAGACUGUGAACGCGUUCGAGCAGAUGCCCCGUGGAGUCCAAUCCGGGGACAGAAAGACCUGGAUAGCUUUCUACAGGGAUGUGAGCGGCAUGUACAUCAACCCGGUGGGCUUUGAGGUACUGGUAAACCACGAGAGCUUAAACGCCUCUGAUUGGAAAGUGGAGCGACUGGUUUAUAAUGGCCAAUACUUCGACACCGUAGAAGAACUUAAACAGAAAUAUGACGCGGAGACUAUUAAGAAAAUAGUUUACAAGGAGCUGCCAGACUAUGGUUCAUUGAAACCCAAUCAGAAGCCUCUGCAGAUCGGCCCACAGCUGUUUUACGCAGAGGGGAAGCGCUACAGUAUCAGCGACAACCAUGUCCUGUACCUGGACUGGAGCUUCGCCUUCGGGCUCAGCUCUCUAACAGGCAUGAGGGCGUUUGAUGUGCGUUUUAAAGGUGAGAGGAUACUCUACGAGCUGAGCGUGCAGGAGGCCAUGUCGGUGUACGGAUCAAUGACCCCGGGGAUGAUGAUGACCAAGUUUCUGGACUCCAGCAUCGGGAUAGGGCGCUUCGCACACGAACUGGUCCGUGGCGUGGAUUGCCCCCACGAAGCCACCUAUGUGGACACAUACCGCUACAUCGAUGUUCCAGCCCCGAUCAGAUUUAGGAAUUCAAUAUGCAUCUUUGAGCACAACAUGGGUCAACCCCUGCGAAGGCAUUUCUCUGACUUUUUCCACAAUAGUUACGGCGGGAUGGUAAACAGCGCCCUGGUGUUCAGAACGAUCACGGCUAUAGGGAACUAUGACUACAUGUGGGAUUUCAUCUUCUAUCAGAGCGGCUCAGUGGAGGCCAAGGUGCACGCCACCGGCUACAUCUCCGCUACUUACCUGGUAGAUGGUAGUCUGAAAUACGGACACCAGGUAGCGGAGAAAGUGCUGGGCAACAUCCACACCCACUUUAUCAACUUCAAGGUGGACCUUGAUGUGAUGGGAGUGAAUAACUUUUUCCAGACGAAAGACAUGGAAUAUGUCAAUGUGUCACUGCCAUGGAACACUGAUCGUUAUGCCAUGAUUCCUCAGCUGGUGGAGAAGCAGCUCAAAACAGAACAGGCAACAGCUCUGCAUUACGGCAGAAAGACCGCUCGCUACCUCCACAUCGCCAGCAAUAAGACCAACCGCUGGGGUCACCAGCGCUCGUACAGGUUGCAGGUGUUCAGCUUCGCCGGGGACCACCUCCCAGAGAGCGAGCCAGAGGAGAAGUCCAUGUCCUGGGCCAGGUAUAAGGUUGCCAUCACCAAGCAUAAGGACUUAGAGCAGACCAGCAGCAGUCUGUACAAUCAAAAUAACAUGUGGACUCCAGCUGUCGACUUCAGCAAGUACAUUGACGACAACGAAAGCAUCGAAGACAAGGACCUAGUUGCCUGGGUGACCGCCGGCUUCCUCCACAUACCCCACGCCGAGGACAUCCCCAACACAGUAACUGUGGGCAAUGGGGGAGGGGUCCUGCUGCGGCCCCACAACUACUUUGAUGAGGAUCCAUCCAUCCACUCUGCUGAUGCAGUGUACAUUAAGCCGGGCAGCGAGGACAGCUGUGACAACAACAGGAUGGCCUGCCUCGCCAAAGAGACCUGCAGCCCCGUUCUUGAACCCUUCACCUUCAACGGCUUCGAAGGAGUCAUGAAGUUCGAGGAUUAGGUCUGAUUUAUUUAGCACUGCUAGGUGUAAGCCCUGAUGAACUCAGAGAUAUACUUGGGUUUCAUUUGUCGAUCAAGCUUGUGUCAAUGUUAACAGUUUGGGACAGUAAAUAAUUUGUGCUCCAUGUGUUUUAAUUCUGCUCUGGGCAAGAAACUGAGUAAAGGAAUUUGUCAAUAUUUUGGAAAAUAUGCUAAUUUGCUCUGUUUCUGAAAGUGCGAUAAAGAGAUCGUUACCACUUUCAUAUUUGUGCGUGAAGUGCAGAGCUUGAGUCAGGCUGUAGUUUGUCUAGCUCAGCGUAAAGACCGGAGGCUGGGGGAAACAGCUAGCCUGGCUCUAUCCAAAUUUCAGAAAUAUGCAACUCUGAAACUUUGUAUUUAACAUGCUUUAAUCUGUGCCCAAACAGAAUUGUUUUUUUUUUGUUUGUUUUAAGUAAAGUUACAUGCUUUAACUAUUUCUUUCAAUACAAAACCUGGAAAUUAGUUAGCAUUCCAGCUCCUAGUUCCAUUGUCUCAAAGUCAAUGGGUUAGAUGAAUGGGUUUUUAGUUGGAUGCCAGAAUUAAGGUCUGUGGGUAACACAAGCUAAAGAGACUUUCACAUUUUGUUCUAUGACAUAAAAUACAUCAGUAAAUACCUGACUCAUGAAUUUUGAAGCUUUUAUGAGUCUUUAAAAAGGUGGUUGCUAACAAGUGGUCAAAUGAGGCUACAGAACGUCCUCAUGCUAAACAUGGCUUUACAGCCUCGUGGUGGUAGGGAUGUUAAGUCAUCCGAACCUGGUAUAGUUUGUUUAUAUCCUUACAUUAGCUUUUUACCUCUGGUGAGCAUUUAGGCUUCAAAAAUCAAAAAAAGUGGUGUUCAUUUGUGAAGAUUAUUUUGCUGAACAAAAUGUGUAAAGACCUUUGCACACUGAAUCCAUUUUUUUUCUGAAGCAUUUUGUAAUCCAUCAUCCGGAAAAAAAACGUUAUGCAGAGAAAUCGUGCACACUGAUUCCGACGCAUUUUAUUGUUCUAUUUGUUAUGAAUAUGUAUUUGCAAUACAUGGCAAAAUGAAAAGACACAUUUCCUCUUUUGCCUCUGUCCACUGAAGUUACCAAUUUGGCUGUCACCACUCCCUCCCUGUCUUGCAUUUGACACCAGCUGCAUGAAGGGGCAGAGCUGUCCUCCCUCUCUGGCUCUCUGUCUGUGUGUGGCCCACAUCCUCCUCCUCUUCAUCAUCAUUCACCUGAAUAUUACUAUCUGACCUGUUGAAAGUGAGCUAUCUGAGUUAUAAAAUGAUUCUGUGCACCCCGUUCCACUGUCUUGUCACGGCUGUAUCCCACCGCCACAUUUUCUUCAUUUAUUCUUGGUCAAACGUCCCUAAAGGCUUCUGUCGGAUGUGAAAAUGGAAGAAAAUCAAACCUGUUCCGAAAAUUUUAACGAUGGAUUAAAGUUUUGAACUAAGUGUGUGAACAUGAUUGACACAGGUAUUUAUUUAUAGACAUGCGACUAUUUGACAGAAAAAACGGACUCAGUGUGCAAUCCAGUGAAAAAAUACCAUAGACUUUUGAUGAGGGAACCAGGCCGAUGCCAACUUCCACGUCAGCCUACAGAAAAACGCCAUCACUGGAGCACUCUAUAGGGAUGGGAAAAAAAAGUCUGUUCACUUAAGUAUCGCAAAUUUUCUUUUUAUGAUUUUUGAUUUUUUAAAUGCCUGCAUCAAUAUAAUUCAAAUGCAAAGGUGGAAAGUUGCCACUUUUAUUGUGGUAAUCUUUAAAUAAUGUGACAUCAUAUCAAUUUAAAGAAAAUCAAAGUUGAAGCAAGAAUGCAGAAAACGAGGGAUUGUCUAAGGACAAGGACCUUCGGCUGCUUGAGUAGCAACUGGGAGUCAGUCAGCCCAGCGCAAACUACCUGCCGGAUAGGCAAACUUUCUGUAAAAUUUUAAAUGCUAAAAAUAAAUUUAAUAAGUGACAGUCAGUGUUGAGAUUAUGGCAGCUGCCACAAAUAAAUCAAUCCAUGGGAAUCACUGUAAGCUUAAUGAGCAGGGACAGCUAAAUGUAGCAGUUCAAGUUUACUUCAAAAAGUACAUUUUUAUUCAUUCUAUCGUACAUGUAAUAUACAUUAAAGUAAGUAAAGUUUAUCUAAUAUAGCAAUUUUCCUAGAGCAAGGUCACAAAAUGCCUCACUGGAAUAAAAUUGUCAAAAAAAUAACGGCACAAAAACAGUUUCAUUUAUUUACCACUUUUCUAUGCAGUGAUGUUGUUGAAAUUAAAGUCAGACAGACUGACUCGGGGUUGGAAGAGUAUGAAGAGGACCGACAACGUCAUCUGGGGAAUUACACCCCAGGAAAUACUUUUUCAAGAAACUUCAGUUGAGUUGAAAAUUAGGAAUAGGGCCCACAGGCUCAUUACUGGCACAAAGACAAACAUGACAGACAUGGAGUCAAAAUAAACCAAAUGAUAAUUGAAUUUAGAAACGAGCAAAUAAGCAGUGACUGGAACUGCUGGGAGAAAAGAAAAAACAAAACGCUAAUUAUAAUAAUAAUAAUAAUAAUCUAAAACCACAAGUUAGAUAAUAUACCCAGUCUAACCCAAACUAAAUUAAACAUAUCUAGGGGAAGUGAGCAGAGGCCACUCAUGGAGAGGCAGACUACACCGAGGGGUGCCCAGGGGUGCCACCGCUUAAAGGGGAACUAAUGUCUUUUUCAACCUGGGCCCUAUUUUCCGAUCUACUUUUGUCUAAAUGAGUGAUAGAAUGUUUAAUAUGUGACAUUUCUCCAGUACGAAGCUAGGGCUGACCUGCCUGCAGCCCGUGAGCGUGCGCUAUAUUAAAUAAUAGGAUACUCAGACAGCGUCAAACAACGUCAAAAUACAUCCACUAAAAGUGCAUUUUUUUCACACAGAUAGGCUCGGAUUGUUAGUAUAAUUAUCCGACAACAUAACGGAAAGGACAAAUGAACGUCUGUGUUGACCUUUAGCUGGAUUCGGACAUGUUCCUCUGCCUGUUGCUGCUCCCUCUCUCUCCUCGUCCGCUCUUCAGUUUCAAUGAGCUCUGCAUCUGUGUACGUCCGUGUACUCCGUGUUCAAAUAAAUACGGUCCAUCCAGAUCCAGUUGGUCAAAAUCAGGUAAAAAUCUGAACAUGUUUGUUGUUGCAAGUCAAAACAUUCAUUCAGAGAGUGAAAGUCUGGCUCUGAAAUCUCACGUCUAACGAGAUUUGAGUUGUUGCAGGAAGUUACCGCUGGAGUGACCUUACCAAACGCGAGGAGUUACUCUGUUUGGAGUAGUCAUGGCUGAAUUUUUACCAGAUUUUGACCAACUGGAUCUGGAUGAGCCAUUUGAAUUUGAUGACCGCCCGUAUUUAUUUGAACACGGAGUACACGGACGUACACAGAUGCAGAGCUCAUUGAAACUGAAGAGCGGACGAGGAGAGAGAGGAAGCAGUGUUACUUCGGUAGAACAAUUGCACCAGCAAAAUAAGGAUAGCAAAACAAUGAAAGGCAACACAGAAAACAGGCAGACUGGCAAAAUGGCAGCAGGUAACCACCUUGGAUCUAGAGCACUACCCAGAUCACUCAUUGGCAGCACAGCAGGGUUCCCACAUGCAUUGUGUGCAGAAAAGCUGGUAACAACCAGCCACAACAGGGAAGAAGACAGGAGCCAAAAGAAUGAGCCCAAGGGCCUUAUAUAAUCUGGCACUAAUUAGGGGUGUGGUUGGGGGAGGAGGCAGGCCUGGGGCUGCAUUCCCUAGCACUAAAUAACUAAAUAACUGCAUGAAAGCAACCCACCACAUUAGCUAAGCUAAGAAGGUGAACAGAGUAAAUAUACACCUGUUUAGCAUUAGCAUGUUAGCAUUGUUGCUGUGAGCAAGUUAGCAUGUUGGUGUUUGUGUAAAGAACCACUUUGCAGCCUCAUAUGGCUUUAGGCUCUUACAGCCGAAAUACAUGGGGCACGGAUGCCAUGCAUCACGUAGGCAGAGCGGAGCAGGAUUUUUUACCUGCUACACAAACUUACGUGGUUGCUGCCAGCUUCACUGUGUGUGUUUUGAGUUUUAACAAGUGAUAAUGCAGUUGGUUGUGGAGGGUUUGGAAGGAUAGGCUAUAUGAAGUGGUACUGAAUGAAUUAACCGGAUCAUUUUAACAACAGCAUACAUUGUAUGAUUGUUUUAUUUGAAUGUGAAAAGUAAAAACACACAAGGUUGCUCUGCUGCAUCAUAUUGCCUCUGGUAUAAUGAGGUAUUCCUUUUAGUUUUUUUUUUUUUAAACAGACUGUAUUAAUUUUUUACACAGUGCCAUGUAGUUUUUACCUGUUGGAGGGCUGCAGAAAAAAAAAAAGAUCAGCCAUGUAAAAAUAGGCUUGUUCGAGAUGAGCCAGGCCUGCGCAGAUUCAAUCACCAGCGAUCAGUUUUGUGUCCGACUUCAUCCCGACUUGCUCUGACGUAUUACAAAAGUGGACGGCGAUGAAACCUUGAGAGCGAGGCGGCCGCAGUUUUCAGAGCAAGGCGCUGCAGUUGCUCUCCACCGACUGCACUGCCUGACUCUCACCUGAUCUAACAGCGGAUUGGUUUAGAGGUUGACUCACCACUAUGACGUUUUAGAUAAACUUGUAUAUUUAAAUUUUAUUUGUCUGAUUUGAAGGUUUAUUCUGUGAACAGAAAACAUGUUGUAUGACUGAUGGUGAAGUUUAGUUGUCAGAGACUAAAUAGGCCUACAUUCAUCAUAAACUAUACAGAGUCUACUGUAUAUUAACACUGGACUUUUUUAAUUAUUGAAGUAUUUAACAUCACAGAGACUUGUGGUCAGUGGGAUGUGAGGAUUCUUAAAAUAACAUUUGUACAGAUGUGAAGCCCUGACUGUAUCUGACUGAUCUGCCGCCUGCUCUUGUCUACUUUCCAGGCAAGGUGCAGUUCAUCUCGAACGAGCCUAAUAACAUUGAGCAGCGCAGUGCAGCUUACAAGUUGAUUAUUAUGGUUGUGCUCUGCUGCAAGCAUGCUGCAACAGACGUGACUUGUUGCGUCUGCGUCCCAUGUAUUUUGACCGUUGGCCUUGCCUUUUUCGGUGGUAUCACUAAGGUUAGCAAUCUACAACAGAUGGAUUUUGUUUAUUUUCUUCUUUCCAAAUUUUUUGUUGAGUAAUUCUAUCUGUAAAACUGAACACAGUAAAUUUGUCAACAUUAGGAUAAAAACUAAACUUAUGGGUUUACAGGAAUAAGUGUUAUGCUUAUCCGAUUUUACAAGUGGGAAAUGUAUACCUUUACUUACUUUUACUUACAAGACUGUUUACUGCAAGCUUAAAUUUUAUCAGCAGCAAAAUCUACCUUUGAUUGAGCACUCAUUUUUAAAAUAAAAAAACAUAUUACAUCUUCAGAAAUGUGAUCUAUGGUUUGAGAUUUUGCAAGCAAAGAGGCUCUAAUCUGUUUUAAUAUAGUAAUGUUUGCAAUCACUUUUGCUUUUAUGCCAGCAAUUGCUUUUUAACAUGGAGUCCAAAUGUAUCCAAAGAGGGUUUCUUACCACUAUGAUAUUAACUGUGAGGUAAACUGACACUGUGCCGUCAGCUGUGUGUAAAAGUGUGCACUGACAAAUGUAAUCACCCAGUCUUAAGCAGGAUCACUCUCUGAUGUGGCUUGAGGCUUGGACUACUGAUCAUCUGACUGAUGUCUUAUUCAUUCUGUAUAUUUUUCCUACAGUGCAACAUUCUGAGGAAUGUGUUGCUGUUGUUUCCUCUAAAAAUAAAAGAAGAGAUUAUUUGUCAAAGAA